UUGGCUCGUUGUCACAAGUUUCCCAAAGCCGACUAUGGAGUUUGGAGUGGAGAGUUAACAGUUCAGUAAAAAAAAGUUCGUUUAUUUUUUGCAUGCGUUUUGGGCAUACCUGGAACCCGACACUUUGUCAAAUGUAGGGACGUGAGCAUUCUUUUCUCCUUCUGUUGGUGAACUCUAGAAAAUCAGUGAAGAUGAACCGCUUGUCUUUUGACGAUCCUUCGCUGGAUAACCUGGACCCAACACUGUCGCUUCACGACCCAAGUGAUAUUGACACGGCCCUGCUAAGCGACAUUGAUGACAUGCUUCAGCUCAUCAAUAACCAGGACAUGGAGUUUGGUGGACUCUUUGAUCCCAGUCCAUUUUCAGGAGGCCCUCCUACCCAAGAGAGUACUGUCCUGUCGCAGACCGUCACCUCUGCUGCCCCUCCAGCUACCACAACUCCUUCGUCUUCAUCUACUUCUUCCAUCCUAAGCAGUAACCCUCACCUAGACGCUCUCUUGGGCCCUCCCAUCACCCGUAGCUCCUCCACCCCAGACAAGGCCUUCCAGCCACCCACAUUUCAGCAGUCUCCCCUCUCCCAUGUACCCAGCUCCACCCCGAGGCAGCAGCCGUCCUCGACUCCACGGGCUCAGAGCCUCAGGCAGCCCCAGGUGGAGCAGCCUCAACCCACUGUCAGUCCUUCUGUACCUGUACAGGCGGCUUCUCCUCAUGGUUCACCAAAUCCAGCGUUCAGCUCCACCACGCAGGUGGUUUUCACCUCCGUAGCACCUCAGUCCCAGCCACAGACACCACUUCAGGCACAAAGCAACUAUAAGAGCCAAACUAACUACACAGCUGGCAGCCCCAGCAGCGGGAGCACGCUCUUGUCAUCCUCCCCUUCAAGCGUCCAACCUGUGACCAUUCAGACUCAGGUCCAGGGGCUGACCACUACUGCUCCUAUCUUGGCCACAACAGCAAGCCCUCCAGGUCAAACCAUCGCACCCCAAGUACAGCAAGUCCCUGUUUUUCUGCAACCCCAGUUCAUCAAAGCUGAGUCCCUGCUGCUAACGACUCUGAAACCUGACCCUUGCAUGGUCACAACUGUGGCUUCAACCACAUCUCUGGCCACCAGCCCAGUUCAGAGCACCUCACUGCAGGCUUUUAUGGGUGGGGGCACCAUCCUGACCACGGUGCCUGUGAUGAUGGAUGCUGAAAAGCUGCCAAUCAACCGCAUUGCCAUCGCAGGCAAGCCAAUGGGCCAGCCACACAAAGGGGAGAAGCGCACAGCUCACAACGCAAUCGAGAAGCGCUAUCGCUCUUCUAUUAAUGACAAAAUAUUGGAGCUGAAAGACAUUGUAGCAGGGACUGAAGCCAAGCUCAACAAGUCUGCAGUGCUGAAGAAAGCCAUCGACUACAUCCGCUACCUGCAGCAAGCCAACCAGAAACUCAAACAGGAGAACAUGACUCUCAAAAUGGCAGCACAGAAAAACAAGUCUCUCAAGGACCUGGUUGCCAUGGAGGUGGACGGACAGGCAGAAGUGAAGAGUGAGCUGCCCACGCCGCCAGCCUCUGACGUGGGCUCCCCGUCCUCCUUCUCACACUGUAGCAGUGACUCAGAGCCCGACAGUCCGAUGGGGGAGGACACAAAGCCAAGUAUUGGCAUGUUGGAUCAAUCUGCAGCAGGUGACGGUGUCAACGGCAUGUUGGAUCGUUCCCGCAUGGCGUUGUGUGCUUUUACCUUCCUCUUCCUCUCUCUGAACCCCUUGGCCGCUCUGCUCUGCUCAUCUGGUAGCGGCUCUGCAGAGAUCACCACCCAUCAUACCAGCAGAAGUGUCCUGGGUGUGGAUAUUGCAGCUAACUCGUGGGGUUGGAUGGAUUGGAUGCUGCCAACUAUUUUAGUGUGGCUGUUGAACGGUAUUUUGGUAUCGGGUGUUCUCAUCAGAUUGUUGGUUUACGGAGAACCUGUCACCAGACCACACUCUGGAUCAUCGGUUUUGUUCUGGAGGCACCGUAAACAGGCAGACCUGGACCUUGCUAGAGGAGAUUUUGCUCAGGCCAGUCACAACCUGCGGACCUGCCUAAAGGCUCUUGGUCGUCCCUUGCCCACCUCUCAGUUAGACCUGGCCUGCGCGGUGCUCUGGUCGCUGCUAAGAUUCUGCCUCCAGCGCCUUUGGGUCGGUCGCUGGCUCGCUGCCAAGGCUGGGGGUUUAAGAAGUGAUCGCCCCCUGCAGGAGGAUGCGUGCAAAAGCAGUCGGGACGCUGCACUGGUUUACCAUCGUCUGCACCAGCUUCACAUGACAGGUAAGCUGAAUGGUAGCCACCUGACAGCAGCCCACAUGGCUUUAAGUGCGGUGAACCUGGCAGAAUGUGCUGGCUCCUGUCUCCCUGUAGCCUCUCUGGCUGAGGUCUACGUCUCUGCAGCUCUGCGAGUCAAAGCCAGUUUGCCAAGGAUCCUUCAUUUUACUUCUCGAGUGUUUCUGAGCAGUGCCCGCCAGGCGUGUUUGUCCUCCAGUGGCAGCGUGCCUCCGGCUAUGCAGUGGCUCUGCCAUCCACUCGGCCACCGCUUCUUUGUGGACGGGGACUGGGCUAUUCGCAGCACGCCUAAAGAAAGCAUCUACAGUCAGGCUGGCAACACUGUGGAUCCUUUGGCUCAGGUGACUCAGGCCUUCAGAGAACACCUCCUUGAGAAGGCUCUUUAUUGUGUCGCCCAGCCUCACGAAGAGAAGAGUCCCAGCCAGGGUGAAGGGGAGUAUGCUGAUGCCCUAGAGUACCUCCAGCUGUUGAUCAGCGCGUCGGAUGCAGCCGGGGCCACCUCCCAGUCCUUUGCAAUCGGCUCCAACAUGGCUACUGUGACAGGUUGUGACCCCCACUCUAAGUGGUGGUCGUCUGUUGCCAUAGUGAUCAUCAACUGGCUUCAAGGAGACGAUGCUGCAGCAGAGAGACUUUAUCCGACCGUUGAGCACCUGCCUCGCAGUCUGCAGAGCGCAGAGAAUCCUCUGCCCAAAGCGUGUCUGAACACAUUCAGGGCAGUCAGGGCUCUGCUGUUCAAGCCAGAGAACUGCCAGCUGAGUCUGAGCUUCACUGACAAGGCCAGCGUCCUGCUCCGAGACAGCCUCAACAUGGGACCACACUGCCACAGCUCCAGUUUAGACAAGGUUGUUGAGUUGUUGGUGUGUGAUCUCCUGUUGGUUUUGAGGACAAAUAUCUGGCAUGUGCAGCAGGAGGGGCCAAGUCCUGCAGGGCCGGGAUCAGUGGGCACCAUUGGUCCUGCGAGUCUUCAUCAGGCGUCACCACCAGAACUCCAGGGCUUUCAGCAAGAUCUCAGCUCCCUACGCAAGCUGGCACAGAGCUUCAGACCUGCCAUGCGCAGGUUGUUCCUCCACGAAGCCACAGCCAGGCUGAUGGCGGGGGCCAGUCCCACCAGAACUCAUCAGCUUCUGGAUCGCUCGCUGCGGCGCAGAGCAACACCGGGAGCCAAGACAGAAGAGUGCGAGGCGCGGCCCGGCCAGCGGGAGCAGGCCGAGGCGGUGAUGCUGGCGUGUCGCUACCUCCCUCCCUCCUUCCUGUCGGCACCGGGUCAAAGGGUGGGAAUGCUGGCUGAUGCAGCCCGCACUCUGGAGAAGCUGGGAGACAAACGGACCCUCCACGACUGCCAGCAGAUGAUCAUCAAACUGAGCAGCGGCACCACCGUCACCAACAGCUAGAGCCAAGGGAGCGGAAAGACUUGCAUGGACGCUUGUAUAUAGAAGCAUCUCUUAUAUACAGAAGCGCACACAAACAAAACCAACAGG